AGCUGUCGUAAAAUGAACUACGUCGUACGAGGAGGAAAAGUUGUGAAAUUCUCAUCAGUUUGUGAAACGAAAAACAACAGCCAUGACUACACUUCAGAAAAGUUUCAAUUCAUUGCUAAAAUUACGACGUGCUCAAAGCGUCCCAAUUGCUUUGUAUCAUGCUAAUGUUUUGGAUCACUAUGAAAAUCCACGAAAUGUUGGUUCUAUGGAUAAAAAGGACAAAACGGUCGGAACUGGUCUAGUUGGAGCACCGGCUUGCGGUGAUGUUAUGAAGUUGCAGAUCAAGGUCGAUGAAAACGGAAAAAUCAUCGAUGCCAAAUUCAAAACUUUUGGAUGUGGUUCAGCUAUAGCAUCCAGCUCGUUGGCAACUGAAUGGGUAAAAGGAAAAACUUUGGAUGAAGCGAAAAAGCUCAAGAAUACGGAUAUUGCUAAAGAACUCUCUUUGCCUCCUGUUAAGUUGCAUUGCUCGAUGCUCGCAGAGGAUGCCAUCAAAGCCGCACUUGAGGACUACAAAAAGAAGCAGAACUAAUAGGAAGGAUCUCAACGCUACUGUUAGUCGUUAGUCAUUAGGAUGGGUAUAUAAACUACUUGUACAAUAACCAUGCCUGUUAGCAAAUGCACAUAAUUUGUUGAAGGCAUAGCAAUAUGUUUAGAUUCAGAUUGCUUCGUUAAUGUGACACAUCGCAUGAAAUAAAUUCAUAAUUUGAAAAGCAAUUAUUUCUUUCAAAUUUGCUAAAAUAUCGAAAUGAGUUGAAUUCAAAAUAGUGAUUCGUAUCGUGUGGAGCUUAGAUAUAACAUGUGAUAAAUGAAUAAAAUUGCAGUUGCAAGCUU